AUGAACUUCGACCAACCUCAACCGUCGAGCGCGUACCCAUCGAGCGAGCUCGUCUGUUCGUCCGUCUUGAUCGACUUACCGACGAACAAAGACUUCAACGAGUUAAUCAAGCGGAAAUCCGAAAAGAUGGUUUUCCAGAAAAAGCAAAUUCGGGACGGAAGUUCCCCGAACCCGGUACCGAUGACCUGCGUGUUAGUUUUGAAUAACGAUGGAAACGAGUCGAAAAAGUUGAAAAUUAAGAGCGAUAUUUUGUGGAGGAACGAUGGGGUGCCAGUAAUUGCGGCUGAUUUCGGCGGGAACGCUUUCGUUAAGGCGUUAAGUUGUGGGGGGAGGAUUGGAGCGGAUUAUAUAGUUGGAGAUAUGGAUUCGUCGUCGCGGUCGAAAGAGGAAGAUGAAGACGACCAGAUUGAGGAAACGAGAAAGAAGAAGAGACGAACUCUUUUCCAAAAGAGUUCUCUUUUCGUACAAGGGGAAGAAGAAAAGUGGGUCGAAGAAGUGAAAGAAGAAAAGCGGGAGAAUGUACCGUUCGUGAACCGAGAGCAAUUGCGGAAACUGCGGUUUGAUGAUGAUGCGGGCGCGACGACUCCUAACGCCGCUGCUACGGCAGAAGGUGGAGAAAAAGAAGGAAUAGUUUCAGGGGAGUUGAUCGACCUCAGUCGAGACCAAGAUACGAACGAUAUGGAGAAGUGCUUGAACUUUAUUCUCGAGAGAGGUAAAUAUAGUUAUCGAGACCCGGUCGUAUCGGACGUGGUGAUAUUCAACGCCAUGGGCGGGAGAUUCGAUCACGAGUUUGCGAACAUAUCGGCGAUUUUGAAAGCGCCCGGCUUGUUGAAAGGUGGUCCGAGUUACGUGUGUUACGACGCGUACGAUAACGGAGCGAAAGAGGAAGAAAAGCUCGGGAUACAGAUUUCGUUCCCGAUACGAAGAGGGUACACGGUGUUGAAAUUUAAAGUUCCAGCGAAAUCGUUGGGGAUCUUUCCCUUCAACGGAAAGACGAAAGUGUGGACGAGCGGAUUGAAAUGGAACCUCGAAAACAACAAGAAAGAAGACAACGCAAAGAACUACGAGUACUUCGAAAUGGGCCGGAAGAUAAGCUCGAGCAACGAGACUACUUUUGAGGACGAGUCGAGGACAAAAGUGACCGACGUGCACGUGAGGUGCGACAAGGACGUGUGGUUCACCGCGAGGAUUCAAUAA